AUGACCAACCUCGCCGCCAAUCUCACAAGCAACGACAACUGCGGCGCCGACUACAAACUGGGGAAUCCAACCGUAACCCAGGCUUACGAUGGAAUGGUCUCGUACGAACCGAUUGCCAAGGCGGCUUGUCUCGAAGAUCCAUCCACCCACGAAUAUUGCUUCACCGAGGCAGCCACUAACAGCACCAAUAUUUCGGGGUAUGCCCUCUAUCUUUUGCCCUUGGGAAACUCGUUACCUGGCGGCAGUCGACCAGAGUGUAACCAAUGCACGCAAGCCACGAUGGCGGUAUUCAAGGACUCCGCUGUGGUCAAGGGGAACCCGCUCGUGCAAACAUAUAUCCCGGCAGCGCAAACAAUCAAUAUUGGCUGCGGGCCGAACUUUGUCAAUGCUACGGUCAAUGUCGGCACUCAGAACUCUGGAUCGCCGUCUAAAACUUCCGCUAGCAGUCUGACUGUAACGCCGCCGCCUAUGACUGAGAGGAAGAUUGAAAUCAUCGAAGAGCGACUGGCUCGUAUCGAGGGCUUACUCGAAAACCUGACCUCGCUAUCAGCCACCUUUCAACAUCUAGCACCAGCAUUGAAUCCAACAAUCGCUGCAACAAGACCUACACAAGAAACACUCAAAAAAGAAAAACUACCUGUACAAUCACCGCCGUCGCUGCCGGCACAACCCCCAACACCAUCAAUCGCCGGGGACCACAAUCUCAAAACAGGCAACAGCAAUACUACCAACGCCGCCUUCGAAGGCGCUUCAUCCCUAAGCGCACAUUCUGUACAUGCAAGCCGCAUCAUCGAAAAUGCCAUGAGCAAUGACUAUACAGCGUUCACCCGUGAUCCUGAGAUGCAGGAGGCGCUCUUCGCACUCCGUCAUCUCAUCGACAAACAGCAUUCGCCGCCGGUGAACCACGACUACCGCUUUCCGAAUCAGCAGGUCGAUGCAUCUUCUUGUAUUGACUUCUCGUCUGCGAAAAUUCCACCUCUGGAAUCUGUGGUGUCACUUUUGAGGCUUUGUAAAGAAUCUCAGAAUUUCCUGCAACAUCCUUUUAUCGACUUUGGACAGUUUAACGAAUUGUGCAAAAAAGUGUACUUCGCGACAGAGGACUACUCUCUUGGUACAUUCGCCCUAGUCAAUGGAGGACUCUUUUAUCUCUUCCAGCACGUGGCCUAUCUAGAAGGAAAGAACGUGCCCGAUGCAGCCGAGAAUGCAGCUCUAUGUCGAUCCAAUCUUGAAUACGCCAUUAGUCGGUUCAGUGUCUUUAUGGCGCCUAAUAGCGAGAACUUGCAAGCAAUCCUUAUUGGGGCCUCUUAUGCAAUCGACAUAUCGCAACCAUCUCUCUGCUGGGCCCUCGUCUCAACAGCAGCCCGUCUCUGCCAGACACUAGGCUAUCACAGAUCCGUCGGAUCACCAGGCGAAAACCAGCUCGAUACCAACCUCAAGAAACGCAUGUUCUGGUUCACCUACAUCCUCGACAAGUGCCUCUCGCUCCGCAUGGGUCACUCCUCCAUCAUGCAGGACUUUGACAUCACUCUGCCUCUUUCUGAUCUAUCAGCUGACUCACAAAUGAACAUGUGGGACGUCAUGUACCACCAAUGGAUCAAAAUCGGCUACUUCCAGGGUCGCAUCUACGAAGAUUUGUAUUCUCCGCGUGCACUAUCCGAACCAGCAGCCGAUAGAACUCAACGAGCAAAACAGCUCACCGCUGACAUGCAGCUAUGGUAUCAAGAAUCGCAGAACCAACUUGAUCCUUCCCGAGCAUAUAACCCACUUUAUUAUGCGGCUGCCGCGUCGUCGUCGGAGAUUAUGUACUACGGUCUUUCGACGCUGGCGUAUCGAGCUGUGCCGCCGGGGCCGUUGGAUAGUUCCACUAUUUUCAGUAAUGAGUGUAUCGGUAUGGCAAGAGAGGCAUUGAGGGCUCAUCAGCGUAAUACGGAGCGAUAUAAACAUACGAAUAGCUACAUUUGGCAUGGAUACAUUUCUUGGGUCCUCAUCAACUGCCCCUUCACCCCCUUCAUGGUUCUCUUCUGCCACGCAAUCGCUACCGCCAAUCUAUCCGAUUUGAAAUGCCUUGGAGAUUUUGUAUCGUCUCUACAAACAUCCGGCGAGACAGUAGAAGCAGCCGAAAAACUCCGCCGACUGUGUCAUGUGUUUCAUCGUGUGGCGGAGUUGUAUAUUCAGACCAAGAUUAAGCACCAGAAUCAUUACCAGUACGAUGGUGGCCGUGGUCUCGAUCAGAGCCAAUUGGAGAAUAUGCAAUACCACACCCAGCAGCAACAACAACAAUCCCUAACAUCACCAUCAUCAUCAACAACACCCCUCAACAUCCCACCAACUCCUCAACCCAACACCACCAACGACCCAACAAACAACACAUUCAAAUACACCAACCUACCACCGUCAUCACAAUUUCCCAUAGAUGAUUUUGAGCCAUACCUCAGCGCCCUCGGAUUCCCGAAUGCGGCUGGAUUCUUGAAUAUAGGCCAACAACAACCACAACCACCACCCCCACCGCCGCCGUCGUCACAACAGCAAACUGGAUUAGCGCCGCAAAUGACGGCUCCAACGGAUUACACAGCUGAUAACCUCGAAGCGAGUCUUGGUAGUGGUGAUGCAAUGUCGUUGGAGAAUUGGUUUAAUGGCAAUGUUAAUCUCAUGUCACUGUUGGAGAUGGAUUUGUCGAGUAUUAUUAAAUAG